AUGGUUCAGCUCCAAGAAGUCGAGGAUGAGCACUACGCCCAGGAGAAGCCCCAGGCCACCAAGAACAACGUCCUUCUUGCCUCGGAUGACGAGGAUGACGACUACACUGAUACCGAGUCUGAGAUCUCCGAGGACUCCGAUAUCGAGCUCGAUGGCGAGACCUUCUACGAGCGUCUGUCCGCCCUGAAAGAUAUCAUCCCUCCCUCUGCCCGCCGCCAGGUUACCAGCACAGUUUCCUCCAUCACCUCAUUCACAAAGUCCAGUCUCAUGUUCAGCGGUCGCGCACUCUGGGUUAUCAGCACUAGUGCUUUCCUUGUCGGUAUCCCAUUCGCGCUCGCCUAUGCGGAGGAGGAGCAGUACGUGCAGAUGGAGCGUGAGCAGGGCAUGAUCAAGGGUGCCAACGAGAUGCUUACCCCCGGAGCGAUUCCCGAGGAGCAGAAGCAGGCUCAACCUACUCUGUAA